AUAAAAGGCCUGAUAAAAUAAAAUGAUUUAAUCGCUUUAGUUUGACAAUAUUGCUUGUUUGUGUGUGCCAGCGAUAAAAAGCAUUUAAUUGAAGUGUUUGUCCACAGAGAUUUAAAGUUGAAGGGAAUGACGGUUUCAUGCUGAUCGAUACUGUUUGUACACUCCCCACACUUUAAGUGUUAUUAUAUAGGAUGGACUGAAUCUAACAGCGGCGCCAACAUGCCUCCAGUGGGUAUCUUUCACGACGACAUUAUCGUUGUGGGCCGGAAGUGUUCCCCAGUACCGCCGUAUCCGGGUUAUGAUCUAGACGGAAACUACAGACCAGAGUCUCCCGUGCCACGAAUCAAGGGCAGCAAUGCAGAGGAAAAUUUCAACCGUAACCGGGGCUCAAUCGAUAGCUGGGCGUUCUAUGGCGAAAGCUCCGCGUCACCGAGGCCCGAACCACGGUGCCCGACAAGCGAGUCUCUGAGCAACUGGACGCACGGGCGACAUGGAACUAUAAAACGCUUGAUAGACGGUGUCGCUACAUCCAGGCCAGAUACCGCGCCAGCUAGGAUCAAAGUUGAGGCCGAGGAAAUAGCUAACGUCAGUCGUGGAGGUCGAAUGUGCAAACUGCUCACCAAAUAUGGAACGGAACCAGCUACUCCCAAAGUGCCACGCGUUAAACCAGAGGCCGAAGGGACCGCAACGGUUCAUAAGGGCGGGCGGAUGAAAGCUCUUGUUCACAAGUACGGGAAAUUGCCGUUGUCGGCGCGUGCAGUCCCGAGGGUGAAAACGGAAGGGGAAGACAAUGCAGACCUUGAUAAAGGAAAGCGGAUACAACGACUGGUCCACGAGUACGGUCAUCUUCCGCUCUCUGCGCGCGCAGCACCAAGAGUGAAACCAGAAGGUGAGGAAAACGCGGAUCUUGACAAAGGUAAACGGAUGAACAAUUUAGUGCAUCAAUAUGGGCGUAUGCCUCUGUCCGCUCGAGCAGUGCCUCGUGUCAAACCGGAAGCAGAAGAAAGCGCUACUCUAGACCGAGGUGGGCGGAUGGAUCGGCUAAUGCACAGUUGUGAGACACUACCUCGCUCCCCGCGGUCGCCGCCGCGCGUGAAGCACGUGGAAGGCCAUAACAACAACUUCCGUGGCCGUGGAUCUAUGGCCAAAAUAUUAAAAAGUAUGGGCAGGAAAACAUGUGUUUACCAACCAGGAGUUAAAAAAAAGUCGUACCUAAGAACAUCGAUGAUGUAACUCCGGUGUCAAGAAUUGGAAUAUUAUGUAAGUUUUGCCUGUUUGUGGAACUUGACAUUUUGGCCGUAUGUGAUUCGUCACAAUGCACGUGUUCUGCCUUACAGUGUAUGUUAAUGCACUACGCAUUUCCAGAUUGGAAGCACUGAAUAAUAUGAGUUUUGCUCCGCCCAAAGACACAAAGUGAAUCAAGAACAAUAUAUAUCUCCAAACAUCAAAGAAAAACCGUCUGCCACCGUCUGACAGCUUUGGCGUAUUUUUUUAAUUCCACGUCACACUAACAACUGGAAAUGUCGACAUAUCACCCCUCAGAGCCUUUAGAAGCUUUAGUGUACGCUCGCAAAAAUGAAACUCUUUGAAAAGUUGUAACUGACUGUCAGUACAAGUUGACGGCACAGUGAUUUGAUGGGAAUGAACGCCUGCUUUGGUAUCAUUUGAAUUCAAAGUUUAGUGACAUUUAACCUUAAAUAUUUUUUUCUUCAGAUUCAUCAAAGGGGUUGCUCCUACCAACUAUCUAGCAUAAAAUAACAAUGAAUUACUGCACUUUAACAAUGUCAGAAAAUUUUGAAAUGCCUUAAUUUAGGCAUUUCGAGAUUUUGUGACAUGAUUGUUAAAGUGCAGUAAUUCAUAGUUAUAUCUUUUACAGGUCAAAUGACACCAAAGCAGGAGUUCAUUCCCAUCAAAUCACUGCGGUUGACAUUGCAAAAUAGAACUGAGAUUGUGCUAUGUAGCAAGUUUGGCUUACUUUAUUUGCAAAUAGUAGCAUAUAUAACACUUUGUUCAUGUCAGUUUUAAGUAUCCAGUAUAAUAAUGGUUUAUUAAAAAAAUAUGACAAUAAAAAAUUGA